GGUAAAAAGGAUAAAAAAUAAAAGGAUAAAAAAACCCGGAAAACAAAGUCAUUGCUUGGGCUUCCUGUGAAAACUCGAAGGAAAGUCACGUGAUAUGAGCAUUGACAUUAGAAGAGGCUCAUGGGAUACCUUCAAAAAACAUGGUCGAUGAGGAGAAGGGAAUGGAUGCAUCUCAACUCCCUUUAGGAAUGUCUUAUUCAACAGCUUAUUCUCUAGGAAUAGAGUCGACCCCAGGUUAUUCAUCAUCUACACUCCAAGACAGCUCAGACUACAACAAAGAUAGCGAUCAAGAAGACAGUGAUGGUCGCCGAAGAGGGGGCAACUUUGAACGAGAUCUUCGAGGCGAUCGCGAAAGUCGACGCUAUGCUCCCUACUCAACAGGCCGCCAAAAAAGUCGUGUUUCUUCAAGUGCUUUGAAAGAUCUUCGUAUUUAUGUAUCAAAUAUACCUUAUACAACUCGGUGGCAAGAAUUGAAGGAUUACAUGAAGAAGGUUGGAGAAGUCUCAUUUGUUGAAAUCUUUGAGGAUGAAAAGGGAAGGUCAAAGGGAUGUGGUGUUGUAGAGUUUAAGUCCAAAGAAGAUGCUGACAAGGCAAUCCUUGAGUACAAUGGUAAAGAUUUCCAAGGAAGAUUGCUUCAAGUCAGAGAGGAUCGAGUUGAAGAGGACAGUCGAAUGCACAGAUCCAAGCUUCGUGGUAACACAGUAGCACAGAAUUCAAGUGGUAAUAUCCUUGCUAAUUUACCAGCCUUGCUKGGGAUUACCGGUGGUAACAUGAAAUCCAAUGAUCCAUCAGCUUGUACAGUCUUUGUCAGCAAUCUUGAUUUCAAGGUGACAUGGCAGAAAUUAAAGGAUGCAUUCCGUUGUGCAGGCACYGUUGUUAGAGCCAAUAUCAAAGAGGACGACAAUCAGAAGUCUAAAGGUUAUGGYACUGUGCAGUUUGAGACUCCUAUGGAAGCACUAACUGCUGUUAGUAUGCUUAAUGGGCAAAUGCUGAUGGACAGACCAAUCACUGUUAGAAUGGACCGUAAUGCAGGGGGAUCACUUGGUGGGUCAAUGGGUAGCUCAUCAAGACAAGCCAGUCAGGCAUUACAAGCCAACCCUCUAGCAUCAGCAGCCUCAAACCCAAUGGCACUGUUGAAUAUACUUCAAAGCCUUCAAGGCCUUACAACACUAGCACAGCUUGGAAAUCUUGGGGGGAACCUUGGAGCUAGCCUAGGKGCAAACCUGGGAGCUAGCCUUGGGGGUGGAUUGGGGGCUAGCUUGGGAUCUUCACUUGGUAAUACUGCUACUAGCCAGACUUUGGGUGCAAUAAGUAAUCCUAGCACAGCCAUUGGUGCAACUGGAGUAGGAACAAUGGGCGCUAUGGGAACUGCUAUGGGAUUAGAUGCAAGUAAUCUUGCUGCACUSACAAGUCUUGGUGGAAUGAUGUCACAGCUUGGUUCAWCMGCUGGAGUUUCACCAUCUGCUUUGGCAAACAGUGCUGCAUAUGGACCCACAGAAAACACCUCAGGAAAGCAGGUCUUUGUGAGAAAUCUUCCAUGGAAGUACACCUGGCAGGACUURAAAGACAAGUUUAGAGCUGCAGGUAAAGUAGUGCGUGCUGACAUUUUGACAGAGAAUGGAGGUCGUUCCAAGGGCUGUGGUGUUGUGGUCUUUGAGACACCAGAAGAGGCACAAAGAGCCAUUGCUCUGUUUUGUGGAAUGAAUUUUGAUGGCAGAGAGAUUGACGUAAGACUGGAUAGAUUUGGUUGAUAGUUGUUGGAGUACAUACACUGGCCUUUUCGUAUUGUAGUUGUUUACCACUGUCAUUCAYAUUAAGUUGCCAAAGUUGGAUGGAUGGAGAAGUGUUGGAGAGUUCGCUGUUGAUAGGUGAAAACCAAAUGUCUUGUCUUCCUGUUGGAGAUGUACCCAUAAGAUGCUCAAAGAUGUUCUGAACAAUAUAGUCUGCCGGAGAGUGUCUUGUUUUGGCGCCCUUGUUUUGAGGAGAAGAAAGUUGGGUAUAUUGCCAUGAACUUGAUCUAUGCUUUUGGAAAUUUAUGACAAAACCUUACAUGUACGUUGCUGGCUGUCUACUGCAUAGGGAAAGGUUUGAAUAUUGUUACAUGUAUAUGAGAGCAAGAACUUGCCUUGAACUUGAUCUAUGGUCUUGGAGGUUGAAGACACAGAUGGUUAUAUUGAGUAAAUUGUUGUCCGUGUACUGCAGAGGGGGUUGUAAUUGAAAAGAAGAAAGGUUUGUGUAUUGUUCGAUGAGAGMCAGAACUUUCCUUGAACUUGAUCUAUACUUUUGGAGAUUUAASAUGAAUGCUURCAGUUCAAGUACGUUGUUGGUUGGAGACAGAUGUCAUCUACUGAGUGGAGGUUUUGAUUGUGAAGACAGAAGAUUGAACUUGUAYUGCUGGAGAGAUGUUUCUUGAUAGAAAGCUGCUUACAUGUACAUUGGCAUGUAGAACAGUGUCAUCUGUUUGUGUCUGAGAAGACGUUUUAUGCAUUGAUUCGAAUUUUAUUUGGUAAUUMUAAAGUGCUUUUGGUGGUUUUAAUGUUAAUGGGCAAAGCCUAACCAGUUGUAAAUGAGACUUCACAUGGAGGAUUGUUGGACAUGUUAUUUAGUUUGUUAUUUAACUUGACCAGAUGCACUGUACAUUCAAAACACAUGAUCUGKUGAGAGAUUGAUGUAGCUUAGAUUUUGCAUGUUUUAGGGGCUGGGAUAAGUUGAUUUCUGACACAACUUGAAUGAUGUAGAGACAGUUUUGUUGGUAUAAUCCUGUAUUCCUUAUUUGAAGUAGUUUGUUAAUACUUUGCACACUUUUGGAUACUGUUGUCCUUGAGACAUUUUAGAGAUGGCCAGUGUUAAAAUACAUGUAUGACACUAUGUAGAAAAUUGUCUUUGUUUUGAUUAGUUGCUUGAAAUGAGAUUUGACGAAUAUUAAAGUCUACAUGAUAGUUGGAA